AUGCCAUCUCCUACCUUGUCAUCUACGACAUCUGGCGUGUCUGCCUCUUCCACUCGUACAACUACAGGCUUGUCCACUGCCUCAAGCACCACGUCAGCAUCUACGACAUCUGGCAUGUCUGCCUCUUCCACUCGUACGACUACAGGCUUGUCCACUACCUCAAGCACCACGUCGGCAUCUUCUACAACUGCUACUGCCACCACCGCUUCCUCCUCCGCGACGUCUUCUGUUACAUCUUCCUCACCGAUCCCGACUAUCGUGCCCCAGGUUGACAGUUUCUCAUUUAUCGGCUGUUUCGUGGACGCCUGGGAUGCGCGGAACCUCGUCGCCGGCUCUAGUGAGGAUUCGAAUCCAAAUGGUAUGACAGUAGAGAAGUGCAUAGCGCUGGCCCAGAGUGGUAGUUGGCGAUAUGCCGGUGUUGAGUUCGGGAGUCAAUGCUUUGUGGGAAAUACAUUGCAUGGCGGUGUUCAAUUCCCGGACAGUGAUUGCAGCAUGGUGUGUGCUGGGAGCCCUAGCGAGACUUGCGGUGAAGCUGGUCGUAUUCAGGUAUAUCAAGAUUCGACCUGGAGUAGUCCCACUCUUCAGGAACUAGCAGAUGCAGUGCGGCAGUAUAAUAGUACCGUGGAAGAAGUGCGCGCCGCGAUUGCCGACUACAAGAACGUUAUGGAUGAUUUGGAGCAUUACCUUUCGUCAGUUUCCAAUGUCAAAAGACUGAACUCACAGAUAGAGGAAUUCGAGAUGAGGGUUCGGAAGGUCGAUGGCAACUUGCAACAGGGACAGGGAAAUUUACGGCAACUGCUGCAACAGGUUAGCGAAGUUAGGGAUCUCUUAAAACAUAAUGUCGUCGAGCUCGAAGAAGCAAAAGCAGCAAACAACCCUAAGCCACCGAUUGAAGCGGUUGCCAAUGCCAAGAAAGCAGACGUUGUGCUUACUUCCAUUGGAGCCAUCGGGGGUCUAGCGGCAUCAGGUGGCUUUUUGUUCGCAUUGGCAGUGAUCAUAAAGUUCUUUGACAGAGGCGGCAACACUGGCACAUCACCUACGACCACUACAACUACGAGCCCGGCAAGUAUAUCUACAUUGUCAACAGCAACCACAACAUCAACGACGAUGACCUGCACAGCCACAGCAGCGACGACUCCAGUCGGGAUCAUCACCAAGCAGGGAGUCAGCCUUGCUGAGUUCAACGAAUUAGUAGUCAGCCUGCCGAAGGACCCUAACGCCAUCCAGCUCACGGAUUCAGGGCAACCUAACUUUCUGUACCUAGGCUACAUGGAUGAAUGCACCACGGAGAAGCUCGAUAACAACCCAUCGGUUGAGUUGUGGACUAUAGCAUCAGGCUCUCAACCUAUCUUUGCUCUGAAUCAUGGCGGAAUUCCGGCGUGCCAGUUGUAA